GAGGAGAAACAACGUGAGGCAUCGUGCCAGGUGCAGGGAGGAGGAAAGGACGAGGCUGCAGUAGAGACGAGACAGGAGGAGUGUGGACGAGGUGUGGCAAGCAUGCACGUGCCUGCUGCGAUGGAGCCAGGGACAAUCACAGUGGCAGGCGCAGUCGCUGUAGGAGCCGCAGGAGGAGGAAGAGGCGUGUAUGUGGAGGAACGGGAAGAUGGUGUGUGGAGCAUGCAGCUUGAGUGUGAGGUGACGGGCAGCGAGCAUGUGAGCGGUGAGGCACAGCAGGGUAAAGCAGCGGAGGAGAGCACAGUGGAUCCAUUAAGAGCGGCAGGAGAGGAAGCAGACAGGGUAAAGGGGGCAGAGGGGACCGACGGGGCAGAUGGGGCCGAGGGGACCGACGGGGCAGAUGGGGCCGAGGAAGCAGAGGGGGCCAAGGAGGCAGAGGGGGCAGAGGAGUUGUCGGGAUGCUCUGGGGGUUUCACUCGGGUCAGUGCCGCAGCAGCAGGUGCUAGAGAGGAUGCAGGCUCAGACAUGCUGGGGACAGGUCCAGCAGCUGCUGAGGCAAGGGUCGCUGUGGCAGCAACGGGCUCCGAUGCUGCUCAGGGCUCCGAUGCUGCUCAGGGCUCCGAUGCUGCUCAGGGCUCCGAUGCUGCUCAGGGCUCCGAUGCUGCUCAGGGCUCCGAUGCUGCUCAGGGCUCCGAUGCUGCUCAGGGCUCCGAUGCUGCUCAGGGCUCCGAUGCUGCUCAGAGCUCAGUAGAGGAGGGAUUAGGCGGAAGACCGUGCAAGGUGCAGCAGGAUAGAGAGGGCGGUGGGAGUGCAUGCAGUGGGAGGGAUGUGGAGGACGCGAGAGAUGCCAAGCGCACUGAUAGCACUCAUAGCACUGAUAGCACUGAUAGCACUGAUAGCAUAGAUCUGGAAAGGAAUGCUACCACAGCUGCUGCCACCGCUGCUGCAGCAGCUAGUGCCACUGCUUCUACUCCUGCUGCGUCAGACAGUGUUACCACUGCCAUACAUACGAAUCUGGAUACUGCUGAUGCAGCUGCUGAUGCUGCUGGUGCUGUUGGUGAGUUGGAUUCCAGAAACAAGCUGCCAUCUGAAGACAAGGACGAGGAUGCUGAGGGGGCAGAGGAGGGGAAGGCCGGUGAGAGUAAUGACGCUGCGGAGGUAAAAGAAGGGGAUAAUGAUGCGGUCAAAGAGAUAGCUGAAGGUGCUGCUAACGAGGGUGACGAGCAACAGGGGAGGGAUGUUUCUGACGGGCAGGCUCACUCGUACCAUCAGGCGGAGGAAGGCAGCAGGAGGCAGGGAGGCGAGAGUGGUGAGGUGGGUGCGUCCCCACGCGGAGAUGCUGCUGUGGGGGGCACGGAUGACGAGUGCUGGGUCGUAGGCGAGAGUGGGGAUGACGAGGCAGAGGAGAGGAGCGGGGAGGAGGGGGCAGGGCCUCAGACGCAAGAGCAGGCGGGCGAAAGGCAGGAGCAGGAGAGAGACAAGGAAUUCCUGGAUGGGAUGGAAGCAGAGAGAGAUGAGGCAGAGCAGCAUGAGGCAGAGAUAGAGCUAGUGGAAACAGCAGGCCGAGAGGAAUCACCUGUUGGGUCUGUGAGUGCUGGUGGGUUGGCUGCUGCACCAACAAGGUCAGGCAGAGAGGAAGUGGCAGGCGAGGACACGAAAAGAAGCGGCGGAGGGAGAGAAGGAGAGCAGCCGUUACGCAGGAGCGCAAGGGUUGCGUAUGGCAAGGGAGGGCGGAAGCGAGGGUUCUGGGCGCUCGAGGGGUGGGAGUGACGGAGUGCAAGCGCCGCGGAAGGGUGCAGUGGCAGGGACGAAAGCACGGCGUGGGCAGAACAAGGCCGGU